AUGCAGACCCCAAAUUCUCAUAAAAAGACCAGGCUUAAUGGUCUACCUGAGACUAGAAGAAUCCCGGCGGUCAUGGUCCCCAAACCUUCUCUUGGCCCAGGACAGGAACCAUUCCUGAACACUACUCAUCACACAUGGAAGGGACUGGACAGUGGGCUGGAGAGAGAUGCUGAUGAAGAGUGAGCUACUUGUAUCAGGUGGACACUUGAGAAUGUGUUGGCAUCUCCUGUUUGGAGGGGAGGUGGGAGGGUAGAGAGGGUUAGAAACUGACAAAACGGUCACAAAACGAGAGACUGGAAGGAGGGAGCGGGCUGACUUAUUAGGGGGAGAGUAAAUGGGAGUAUGUAGUAAGGUGUAUAUAAGCUUAUAUGUGACAGACUGACUUGAUUUGUAAACUUUCUCUUAAAGCACAAUAAAAAUUAAAAAAAAAAAAAAAACAAAGUAAGACACAGCAGCUUUUUCCUACAGGACAAAAAAAGAGGAUAAGGAGUUGGUCAAAAUAAAACUUAAAAAUAAUCUUUAAAAAGAGAAUUGAGGAGAACUCAGAUGAAUUAGGGCACAUAGAAGUUCCUAUGAAUACAUGGGAAACAUUUAGUUUCUAAUUUAGGAAAUUAAUUGUAAUUAAUUUGUAAUUUUUUUAACUAUCCCUUUGUUGAAUUAGAUUUCUUAUUUGUUUUUCUGUAGUUGCUUAAAGUAAGCUUUUUAAUAAAAGUGGGCUUUUUUUGUAGGUUGGAAGCUAGGAAAGAAGCUGUAUUGAUCAAAUUAUCUUUUGCAUCCCUCUCAAUGCUCCUCUAAACACCAUCCAGGAAGUCCAGAGACAUGGAGGUACAGAACUACAGCAGCAGCACUUCAGGUUUCAUCCUUCUGGGCCUCUCCUCCAACCCUCAGCUGCAGAAGCCUCUCUUUGCCAUCUUCCUCACCAUGUACCUGGUCACCGUGGUAGGCAAUGUGCUUAUCAUCCUACCCAUACAUUUUGACUCCAGGCUCCAUACUCCUAUGUACUUUUUCCUCAGCAACUUGUCCUUCAUGGAUAUCUGCUUCAUAACGGUCAUUGUGCCCAAGAUGCUGGUGAACUUACUAUCACAGACAAAGAUUAUCUCCUACGUGGGCUGCCUGGUCCAGAUGUACUUAUUCAUAGCCUUUGUGAAUACUGACAGCUACCUGCUGGCAUCCAUGGCCAUAGACCGACUGGUGGCUAUUUGCGACCCCUUCCAUUAUGAUGUGGUCAUGAACCCAUGGCGUUGUCUUCUCAUGUUACUGGGUUCUUGCACCAUAUCUCACCUGCACGCCUUGCUCCGUGUGCUGCUCAUGUCUCACCUGUCUUUCUGUGCCUCCCAUGUCAUUCAGCACUUUUUUUGUGACACCCAACCUGUGCUAAAGCUGUCCUGCUCUGACACCUCCUCCAGCCAGAUUGUGGUCAUGACUGAGACCCUGGCUGUCAUUGUGACACCUUUCUUGUGCAUACUCUUCUCCUACAUGCGGAUAAUCAUCACUGUUCUCAGAAUCCCCUCUGCAUCUGGGAAGUGGAAGGCCUUCUCUACCUGUGGCUCCCACCUCACUGUAGUAGCUCUGUUCUAUGGGAGUGUCAUCUAUGUUUAUUUUAGGCCCCUGUCCAUGUACUCAGCAGUGAAGGACCGAGUAGCCACAGUUACAUACACGGUGGUGACACCCAUGUUGAAUCCUUUCAUCUACAGCCUGAGGAACAAGGAUAUGAAGAGAGGUUUGGGAAAGUUAAGGGACAGAAUUCACUCAUAGAAGAACAAAAUGAUAGAAUGUCAAAAUUAGGAAACGACCUAACAGGUUAUCCUUCCCUAUUGCCUAUUUUCAGCAUGGUAUCCAGAGAUGUAAUGAGAAGUGGUGUUGGAUAGCAGUAAGAACACUGGCCUGGGAGUCAGAACACUUGUUUAUCUAUGUGCAUAAUUAAAUAUAUGUUCAUACCCAGGCUAGGAAUCCAGAUUGCAGGAAAACAAUUGACACCGUAUAGUAAAAUAAGGCUAUCCCUCAAAUAAUUCUUCUAUAAAACUGACUACAGCCAGUACUAAAGAAAUUAUAAUGUCCUAUUAGUGCCAAAAGAAGAAUAAAUUGCUUGGGCUUGGUAGAGAACUCAGAAA